UAUAUGCUUUGAUUAAUGAAGCUAGCUGCCAUAACAUAUUUUGUUGUCUUUAUAAGGAAUUGGGUAGCUAGCUGGAGUUAAUUUGGAUGUUCUGAGUUUGUGGACUCGAAGGAUCAUUUGAGAAUGGAUUCCAAAUAUGAUGUGGUUCUUAGUUUUAGAGGUGAAGACACAAGAGAAAGAUUUAUCAGCCAUCUUCAUGCUGCUUUAGAUCGGAAGAAAAUUGAGACCUACAUCGAUUAAAGACUCGAGAGGGGAGAUGAAAUUUCUCCAGUCUUUCUCAAAGCAAUACAGGAAUCAAAACUCUCUCUGAUCGUUUUCUCGAAAAACUAUUCUUCUUCCUCAUGGUGCUUAGAUGAACUGUUGCACAUAAUGGAUUGCAAGAAAAGAAUUGGACAGAUUGUUGUUCCUGUAUUUUAUCGCAUAAAACCAUCACAUGUUCGGAAACAGAAAGGAAGUAUUGCAGCUGGAUUAUCUAAACUAGGAGAACGUUUUGAUGAAGAUAAGAUGAGCCUGUGGAGAGCUGCUUUGACUGAAGCAGCUAAUCUGUCCGGUUUUGAUUCCAAGAAAAUUAGGCCUGAGUCUGAAUUAGUUGAAGCAAUUAUCAAGGAUGUUUUGAAGAAAUUGAAUUAUGCAUCUUCAAGUGAUUUAAAGGGUCUAAUUGGAAUUGAAGAACGUAUCAAGAAAGUCGAGUCACUACUAUGCAUUAAUGGCUCGGAAAAUGUUCGAAUUGUAGGUAUUUGGGGCAUGGGUGGCAUUGGAAAGACAACACUUUCUGAUGUUGUAUUUAAUCGGUUGUCUUCUCAGUUUGAGAGUUGUUACUUUCUCAGUAAUGUUGAGGAAAAAGCAAAGAAAUAUGUCAAACCUGAUUAUUUCCAAGAAAAACUUCUUUCUGUAUUGCUAGAGGAUGAAAAUUCCAAGAAAGGCUUACCAUCCAUAAGGUCAACUUUUGUUCAAGAGAGGCUUCGUCGAAAAAAAGUUCUUGUUGUUCUUGAUGAUAUGAAGGACAACCAAAUAGAACUUUUGUCCAGAGCACAUGAUCUUUUUGGCCAUGGAAGUAGAAUCAUAGUUACAACCAGAGAUGUGCAAGUGCUUAGAAGCAUUGGAGCUGAUGAGAUAUAUGAGGUUGAGGAAUUAUAUUGGGAUGAAGCUUUUAAGCUCUUUUGCCAAUGUGCUUUUAGGAAUGACUCACCAACAAGUAGAGAUUUUAUAGAUCUGUCAAAAGAGAUGGUAAGGUAUACUAAUGGUAAUCCAUUAGCUCUUAAAGUUUUGGGUUCCUUCCUAUGUUGCAGAACAAAAGAACAGUGGCAAAGUGCAUUGGAUGAACUGAAAACAGUUCCAAACAAAGAAAUUCAUAAUGUGUUGAAAAUGAGUUAUGAUGGACUUAAUGAAAAUCAGAAAGAGAUCUUUCUUGAUAUUGCAUGUUUCUUCGAAGAUCAAGAUAAGGAUCAUGUACGAAAUAUACAAGAUGGUUGUGGUUUCUCUGCGGAAAUAGGAUUCCAGGUUCUUGUUGAUAAGUCUCUAAUAACAAUAGUAAAUAAAACAGUAAAAAUGCACAAUUUGCUACAAGAGAUGGGUCGUGAAAUUGUUAGACAUAAAUCCAUUAAAGAACCCGAGAAACAUGGUAGACUAUGGAUUGCUAAAGACAUAUACCACGUAUUAAAAAACGGAUUGGGAACUAAAGCAAUUGAAGGCAUGUUUCUAGACAUGUCUAAAGGUAGAGAUCAGCUACAGUUGAGAAGUUCAUCCUUCAAAAAACUGUACAAUCUAAGAUUGCUAAAAGUAUAUAAUAAUUAUGACUUGACUUAUCCUGAGAAGUGUAAAGUUACCCUUCCAAAAGGCCUUUUGUCUAUUCCUGAUGCUCUGAGAUAUUUUCAUUGGGAGGCAUACCCUUUGAAAUCUUUGCCACCAAGGUUUAGUCCAUACAAUCUUGUUGAACUCAACAUGCCUCAUAGCCAGGCUGAGCAACUUUGGGAUGGAAUUCAGGAACUUGAGAACCUAAAACAUAUCGACCUUAGUUGGUCCACCCAACUAACUCAAAUCCCAAAUCUUUCUCUGGCUCCAAAUCUUGAAGGAGUAAAACUCAAGGGAUGUAUAUGUUUGAAUGAAGUACCUUCGUAUUUUCAAGAUUUUGACAAGCUUACUUCAUUGAAUCUGAGAUCUUGCAGUAAUCUUAAAAAUCUUCCAGAGAUACCACAGAGUAUGGAGAGGUUAGAUCUAAGUGAGAUUGAAAUACAAGAACUGCCUUCAUCAAUUUGGUCUCUUCACAAACUCCAUACCUUCCAUCUUGAUGGCUAUAAAUACAUAAAGGAUAUUCCAAGCGAUGCUUCUAUGCUGAACUCUUUGAAUUCUCUUUCUCUACGUAAUUGCACAUCUUUUACAGAGUUUCAUGAGCUUCCAAGGAAUAUAAGUAAAUUAAAUUUGAGUAAUACAGCAAUUGAAGUAAUCCCUUCAUCAAUUCAGUGUCUCUCCAGUCUCGUUUACUUGUAUCUUAGAGAUUGCAAAAGGCUCAAGAGCCUCCCAACUAGCAUUUGCAAGUUGAAGUCUCUUAAAACUAUUUCUCUCGGGGGUUGUUCACAACUAGAAAGCUUCCCCAAAAUCUUGGAGCCAAUGGAAAGUUUAGAGGAUCUUUGCUUAGAUGGAACGGCAAUUAAAAGGUUACACUCGUCAAUUGAUUGUCUAAUUGAACUUGAAUAUUUAAGUCUUUCUUAUUGCGAAAACAUAGAGUUUGUCCCGGCUGGAAUCUCCCACUUAUCCAAACUUGGAUAUCUUUCAUUUGCCGGCUGUUCAAAGCUUGAAAGAUUGCCUCCUUUGUAUUGUUAUUGGCCAUUUUCAUUGCCACUACAACUAUAUCUGAGUGACAGGGAUGAUUUCAGAAGUUAUUCGUUACUGUCACUAACAACUUUGGAUCUGAGUGGAACCAAUAUUGAGAGAGUACCUAAAAGCAUUGAAGAAGUUUUUUUUCUGAAUGUCCUUGUGUUGAGCAAUUGCAAGAGGCUUAAAUCUUUACCAAAGCUUCCCUUUGUGCUACAAGUUUUAUAUGCAGAUGAUUGCACAUCACUAGAAACUGUGGCAAGUUCAAGAACCGAACUCAUACGAUAUUGGGAGGAUCACCUAUGGAAUGCAAGGAAAGAGGAGGGGCUUAAAUUUUUCAAUUGCCUGAACUUAGAUCAGACAGCAAAGAGAAAUAUAAUGGCUGAUGCAGAGCUAAGAAUUUGGCGUAAAGCUGCUUUAGCAAAAGAGUACUUCAAUAAAAAUGCAAGCCAUGUGUUUGAAGAACCUUCAGUAUGUGUUUGUUAUCCGGGGUCCGAAAUCCCAAAGUGGUUCAUGUAUCAAACAGCAGGACCUUCAGUGAAUAUCAAGCUUCCUCUGCAUUGGUUUAAUGACAACAACUUCUUGGGCUUUGCAAUUUGCAUUGUGGCUAAUUUUGAUGGUGAUGAUGAUAAGGAUAAGGAUGAAAACAUGGCAAAUAGCUAUUUAAAGUGUGGAAUUCAUUUCAAAACCAGCUGUGGUGAAAGCCAUAGAUUUGAUUGUUUUCUCAAGGUUUGGGGUGAUACCAGAAAAGUCAUUUCAGAUCAUGUGUUCCAGUGGUAUGACUAUGAUCUGUAUGAUGGAGUUAAAUCAAUUUGGUACACCACUUCUUUAAACAAUGAAGACAUCACAGAAGUUGAGUUUUAAUUA